AUGUCAGCUCCUCAUCCCCCCUCUGCGGUCACUCCCAAUACCAUCAUCACCUUGAAGGUGCUUCAUAACGGGAGCAAUCGUCGCUUCAAGGUUCCCUUGAGAGAGCUGGGGGCUCGGGUUCUGCCCCAGAAGCUCCGCCAACUUCUUGGCAUCCCGGAUGAUGUUAACGUCAUCUUCGAGCGCUUCUCCGACAGUGCCGGUUCUUUCGUCCUCUUGGACAGCGAGAACCCCGCCAUUUACAAGCAACUCUACCGUGCUGCCAAGGCUAAACUGAAGCUGCGUCUUCGGGCCACCGUCGUGGACGAGGGCUCUCAGCCCCAGCUUUCCGAGGAACAGCAGCAGCAGAAGUAUAGCUACCUUGAUACCGUCCUCAGCUCUCCGCUGCCCGAAUCUCAGGGUGAAUCUUCUCUAGCCAUGCCAAAUGAGUCGGCGGACAACACCCCUGAUAUGGUAGAAUGUGUAGACAAGCCUGCCGGCGCUGAGCGACAACCCAUUCAGUUGUCGGACACCUUUACUGCUACUCAGCCUCAGUACCGCGACUUCGUGCUAGGCCAGGACAACUUGGAUAGCCCUAUUGUCUCUCACAAGUCCUUGACGGGGGUUUAUUGUAUUGACUGCAAUAACUGCGGUCGGUCUAUUCCUAAUGAACACUACCACUGCAGCAUUUGUGAGGAUGGAGAUUACGAUCUGUGCCUUGAUUGCGUUGAGAACGGAGUCACCUGCCCAGAUGAGGACCACUGGUUGAUUAAACGAGGCGUCAAGAAUGGGGUUGUCACCAACAGCAUUACCGAAAAGGUUCCUCCUCGAGCGGUUCAAGCCGAGUGCCGAGAAUCUGACUCCGUCCCUGAACUCGUUUCGGAAGAGGCCCCUCGCGCUCUGCCCCCUGUGCCAGAGCCGGUGGUCCAUGCCGAGGAGCGUAUCUGCAACGGCUGUCUCAAGGAACUCGACGAGACCAAAAUGGUUACCUGUGCUGAUUGCGAGGACUAUGAUCUUUGUAUCACCUGUCUCCUGAAGGACACGCAUGGCCAUCACCCUGCUCAUACAUUUUCCCUGCUCCAUGACCGGCAAUUCUGCCUGAAGAACAUGGUGUUGUCUCGUUGCAAGCCUGGACGCCAUCAUCAGCAUGCCGCCAUCUGCGAUGGGUGUGACAAGAGCAUCAUUGGUGUGCGUUACAAGUGCCUCACGUGCCCCGAUUGGGAUUUCUGUUCCAUCUGCCACAUGAAUGCAUCCGACCGCCACCCAGGCCAUCGAUUCGCUCCUCUAUACGAAUCUAUUGCCGAGCCACUGCCAUCUCACGAGGUUCACUUUGGCAUUUUCUGUGAUGGCCCCCUUUGCAAAGCUCAGUCGCGAUCUACUUACAUCACCGGAACUCGCUACAAGUGCUCGGUGUGCUACGAUCUUGAUUUCUGCGCCAAAUGCGAGGCCCUUCCGACCAACUUCCACAACCGCACUCACCCCAUGGUCAUGCUUAAGACCCCCGUGCGAAACGUCACUGUAAGCACCCUCCAGGAAGACAAAGUCGACAAGCCGGCAGUCUCCUUAGGUGACCCGGUCCAAACGUCCACUCCCAAGCAGGCUGUUUCAAUGCCACCGGUGCUUGAGGCGCCCACCCAGGAGACAACCCCCGAGAAAGCAGUCGUCGAGGAAGAGAAGAUCGCGACCGAGUCGCCUUCAACGGAGCCCAUCCAGCCUGAAGAGCUACCUACCAGCGAUCCAGCCUCGAGCUACCAGGCUUUCUUCAUCCGUGACACAAUUCCUGAUGGUUCUAUUGUGUCUCCAAACAAAGUUUUCCAGCAGACCUGGACACUCUACAACCCUGGCCCCCUUGCUUGGCCCGUGGGUAGUGAUGUGCGCUUCGUUGGUGGGGACUCCAUGUUCAACGUUGACACGAACCACCCAUUGAGCCUCAACUCGAUCUCUGCUGCCAUGGAGAGCAACAAACUUUCGGAACCAUUGGAGCCCGGAAAGAGCGCCGACUUCACUGUGACGCUGAAAGCCCCUGGCCGGGUGGGCACCGCCAUAUCGUACUGGAGACUGAAGCUGUCAAAUGGCAUGCCAUUUGGCCACCGGUUGUGGUGUGACAUCCAAGUCCAGGACGAUAAACCCUCUGCGGCCAGCCCCGCUCCUUCGGAGUCGAAGGCCGUGAAAGAGGAAACCCACCAGGAUAGCACCAUGACAGGUCGUGAUGAUGAACGCAGUGGAAGCCAGAUGAUCUUCCCCAAACUGGACAAGGAGUCGCCGGACUCUAGUACCCACGAAGCGGUGGUUACGGCCCCGGCGGCGCCCUCUCUCUCUACUGCAUCCGAGCGGGAUGUUCUCGAGGACGUUGAGAACCUGACCCUAGGUGACGACGACAUGGAAGCCGGAUUUUUGACUGACGAGGAGUAUGAUAUCUUGGAUGCCAGCGAUCAGGAGUACUUGGACGCUCGGUCCGCCCGGCCUUGA